AUGGCAAAUUCGGAAAGCGUAACAAUUCAGGAAGCAUCCUACCGACUUAACCUUUCCCAGGCUGAAAUCCGCCGCUACAUUCGGGAAGGCCGGUUGCAGGCAACCCGAGGCGGGCCGAGAGACCGGACCUGGAUGGUAGAGCUGCCCGAAGAGGGCUGGCUGGACGACGACAAGGCCCGCUACAGCGAAAUGGCCCAGCAAAUGCCCCUCUGGUGGUGGCCCACCGAGGCCAGAACGGGUCUAGCUCACUACAUCGUGGACGUCGGCAUUGAGAAACGGUUCCCGUUUUCUUGUGCGGUCUGGAGAGUGAGAACAUUUGGACGGUUACAGACCUGACCGAGGACAAGUGUUGCCCGGCGUGCCUGCAAAAGGCCCGGGCUGAGGGAAUACCCCUGGAACUUGAGGACUGACCAAGCCACCAGAAAAGUAGAAGAUGACAAACCGGAGGAGAAAUGGCGCCACCUGACGUUAAGGCAUUGAUAUUUGACGUGUUCGGGACUGUGGUUGACUGGCGGGGCAGCAUAAUCGAGCAAUGCGCCGCUUUCGGCAAGGCUCACGGCAUUGAGCGAGAGUGGGGAACCUUUGCCGACACCUGGCGAGGCAAGUACCGCCCAUUUAUGGACAAAGUCCGCACGGGAGAGCUGCCCUGGACCAACCUGGACGCCUUGCACCGAAUGGCCCUGGAAGAGGUGCUGUCCGAGUUCGAAAUUGAAGGGCUGAGCGAAGAAGAGAAACAGAAGGUCAACUUUCUUCUGGCACAAUCUUCGGCCCUGGGCAGAUUCGGUGCCUGGCCUCUACCGGCUGAAGCAAGGGUACAUCAUCGCCACCAUGUCCAACGGCAAUAUUGCCCUGAUGACCAACAUGGCCAAGAACGGAGGCCUGCCCUGGGACGCAAUAAUGGGGGCCGAGCUGGCUCACCACUACAAGCCAGAUCCGGAAAGCUACCUCACCACCGUGGAACUACUUGGCCUCCGCCCGGAGCAGGUGAUGAUGACCGCCGCCCACCAGGGCGAUCUGCUAUCCGCCCAGAAAGUCGGUCUGAAGUGUGGCUUCGUGCCCCGUCCCAUGGAACACGGCCCCGACGUGACACCUGACCCCACUC